AUGGAGGUGGUAAAAUCAAUGGAAAAAACUAACAAAGAUAAAAGGACAAAUUCCAGCAUAUCUCCUAUUCUGGCCAGCUUAGUAGAAGAGCCAAAGAAAAGAAAGGAAGUACCUAAUCAUCUACUGGAAUCAAAGAUUUUUACAAAGCUUGAACAAAAUAUUGUAAAGGCAGAACCUGGAAUAAUACAUUUUGGAAGCUAUAUAGGAGAACAUCACCAACAGAUUCUGAAUCUGAUCAAUGUUUCUGAUGAUGUCAUAAAUCUUCAUAUUUUGCCCCCACAAACCAAAUAUUUUGAGAUCAAGUAUGUUAAAAAACAUCGUAUUGUUCCUGGCUUGUCCCUUAAAGUGACAGUUGAAUUUUCUCCAGAUGAAUGGCGUUAUUAUUAUGAUUGUAUCCGAAUUCAUUGUCAGGGAGAUGAAACUUUACUUAUUCCCCUCCAUGCCUAUCCAGUCCUAAACACUUUGGAAUUUCCUGCAUUUAUAAAUCUACCAGAUAUUCCACUUGGGGAAAGUGAGAACUAUGUUAUUCCUCUUCGAUGCAGCUGCCCAAUAGAUUUUGAGUUUCAUGUCAUCGUGCUCCAACCUGAUGAAUCCUUUAUUGUUCAUCCAACAUCAGGAAUAAUUCCUUCCAAUGGGAAAGUGGAUCUGACUGUUACAUUUGCACCAUUUAGAUAUGGAACUGCACGAAUAAAAUUGCAGCUGUGGGUUUCCGAGUUCAACUCUACACCUUAUGUAUGUACAUUCACUGGAACAUCGUCUCCUCAAAUGGCUUUGAGGUUAGAAGAUUUUCAGAAAUUAAAUGAGCUCAACAAGAAAAUUCAAGUUCCUCCUGAAAAGACAUACAUAAUUGUAGCUAAGAAAAAACCACCUGAAAAGGCCAAAUUUCCAGAAAUUAAGGAAAUUGAAUACAAAGACUUGAGGUUUCCAGUAAAUUUAUCCAAUCCUUUUGCUGUGGCAAGUGUUUUAAACCAAGAAGAAGGAAAAUUGAAGAUUAAAGAAUUAAGAGAAGUUUUGCACCAUGGGGAUGAAUUAUCCAAAACAAGAUCAAUGAAAGAAGCUCUGUUUUUACAGAAAGUCAGAUGGGAUGCUGUUGAAGAAGCAGAAAACCAUCUUAAGUGGCAGGUGCGCCUUGGGAAAGAGCGCAUCACUUAUAGAUACAAAAAGGAACAUCAAGAAGAAUUGAAAAGAUUUUGGAACCACUAUGAGGUAGCAAGAGGAGACCCAGUUUUGGAAAAGGAAUUUCAACGCUUCACUUCAGAAGUUAUUAAUACACGAGUCUAUCGAAAAUUAGAAGAGAAAACCCCAGAAUUUUCCCCUAAAUUUGAUCCUCUCGUUAAUAACCCUUGGCUGAAGAAAUAUAUGAGGCAAAAGAGAUUCCAACAAGCAGCACGAAAGCUCCUGAUUCGGAAAAGAUUACAUAAAAUACUAAAUGAUUUUCAUAAAAUAGACAAACAAAUGAUAUUAAGAAAAUUUGAAGAAGAAAGAAGAGCAGCCUAUGAGUUUGGAUCAAAAUCCAUCUUUCCAUUUGCUGUAAGUCUAGAUGAAUCUACUCUCAAUUUUCAUUUGACAAGACACCAAGUAUUGCCUUUUCAAUUUCCUUCACACUCAUCUGAUCAGAAGUCUGAUGAAUUGGCUCCUAAUGGACUUGGACUGGUGCCCAUUAAAUCAUCAGAGGUUGAACUCAAACAACAUCACCAGUUUCUUAACUUGCAGGUUCCUCAGGUUUACAGUAUCAUGGGGUACAGCCCAUACUGUAUCCAGCAGUGCUCAUGGAGUUAUAAAUCUCAAAAACUUGCUCGACCUCUAAAACAGGGAACUAUGGAGGAGAUAACACCUAUGGCGCCAGCACAGCAAUUUGAAGACAACGCGUUGUCCCAUGGAAAGUUGUCGCUUUUGAAUCUGACCCCUCCUGACACUCUGCUCAAGCCUCCGUUCUAUCAUCCACUCUGCGUUUUUAAUCCAAACCCAGGACUGUUUUCUGUGAAGCCCCUGAUGACCUAUUCAGAAGUAACAACUGAUUAUCACCUGUGUACGCAUCCAAAAUACGUAUUCACCAAAGAAUGUCAUAAAGGAUCCAGUGUUCCCAUUACACAAAAGAAAUUUUUAAAUCGAGAGGACAUUAUUCCUGGAGUAAUGAACUGGAAAAAGUUCAACCCACUGGUUCUUUCAGCUUUGCCUGACACUUCCACUAUAACAUCCACUUGUUGCCAGGACGCCUACAAUGAGGAUAUGCUUCCAAGUGAGGUGCCCAAAAUCCUCGGUGAAUUACGAGAAGAAGACAGGAUGGAAAUAAUUGAGCAGGAGCCUGAUGAUCAGCCCUCCAAUAUAUUGACACCAGAAAUGCUCAGAGCUGAAUUUAUGAUGUUAGAAAGUAAAGAUGAAAAAGAUGACAAAGACCAUCCAUAUCCUGAAAAACUUGGAAUAAAGGUAUCUCAGAACCUCCAAAAUAUGCAGUCAAAAUCAAACAAUAGAAACCUACUUCUGGAAUAA